UUCCUCAUCGUCGUCGUCUCCUCCGAGUCCGUAAGCAUCGACGAUUCUCUCAUCUUCUCUCAUACACGACGACACUGGGUUGAUUUAGAGUUGAAAGAUGUACAACGGAAUAGUGUUAUAGACCGCUAGAGGAUCAGGCGUUUGACGUUGCCACGAAGAAGAAGACGACGAAGAUGGAUUACCAGAACAAGCUUGUUCUUGCUCCCAUGGUUCGUGUGGGAACGCUCUCUUUCAGGAUGUUGGCGGCCGAAUACGGCGCCGAUAUCACAUACGGUGAAGAGAUUAUCGAUCAUAAGCUUGUUAAAUGCGAACGUCGAAUUAACGUUGCUUAUGGGACAACUGAGUUUGUGGAGAAAGGAACAGACAAUGUCGUCUUUAGCACAUGUAAAGAAGAGAGAAAUAGAGUUGUUUUUCAAAUGGGAACUUCUGAUGCUGUUAGGGCUCUAAAAGCUGCUGAGAUUGUGUGCAACGACGUUGCAACUGUUGAUAUUAAUAUGGGUUGCCCCAAGGCGUUCUCUAUUCAAGGAGGAAUGGGUGCUGCUUUGUUAAGUAAACCCGAACUUAUUCAUGAUAUUUUGGCAACACUUAAGAGGAACUUAGACGUACCGGUUACUGCAAGAUUCAUUCGGCCCAUUAACUGCGACAAGCCCAUCAAAAAGUCUUCGAAUUUUUCGUGGCUGCGUACACUACCUCCUGUUAUCACUUUUCAGCUCAAACGAUGCAUUUUCCUUCCUAAGACAACAGCUAAGAAGAAAAUCACCUCCUCAUUUUCCUUUCCUCAAGUGCUAGAUAUGGGAUCGAGAUUGGCAGAGUCUUCUCAAAACAAGUUGACAUACGAUCUCUCUGCUGUGUUAAUCCACAAAGGAAGCGCUGUUAACAGCGGACAUUAUGUUGCUCACAUAAAAGAUGAAAAGACUGGCUUGUGGUGGGAAUUUGAUGAUGAACAUGUGUCAGAACUGGGUAAAUGUCCAUUCAAUGAAGCUUCUUCUUCAACUCCACAAUCUGAGAGUAAUGGUACAGCUAGUAGUGAGAAUAUCACAGAUGUCAUUCAAUCAGGCUCUUCAGACUGUAGGUCUGCUAUUAAGUCAGAGGUUUUCUCAUCCAGUGAUGCUUAUAUGCUGAUGUAUAGUCUUAGAUGCGAUAAACAGGAAAAUCAGGAAGGACAGAAAGAAAAUCCUAUUGACAUAUCUAAAGGAAAAGUUGAUAGUCUUCAACAGCUUAAAGGUGGUUAUCUUCCGUUACAUCUUUAUGAAUGGAUCAAUAAUAUGAAUGCAGUAUUCCUUGAGAGUUGCAAGCAAUAUGAUUUAAGAAAGGAAAAAGAAUUGAGUGCUUUGACUGAAAGGAGGCAAGAAGUACGGACUAUCCUUUCAGAAGCUGCUGUUCAGUCACUUGAAGAACAAUAUUUUUGGAUCUCCACAGAUUGGCUUCGUCUAUGGGCUGAUACCACUUUGCCUCCCGCUUUGGACAACACCCCUUUACUGUGUUCCCAUGGGAAAGUUCUUGCCUCAAAAGUAAAUUGCAUGAAGCUGAUAUCUGAACUUGCAUGGACCAAGUUAGAAUCAAAGUUCAAUGGUGGACCAAAGUUAGGAAAAGCGGACUACUGCAGGGACUGCCUUAUGGAUGGUGCUCGCAUGGUUGUCUCUUCUGACAGUUAUAGGGAUCGAAGAACAUUCAUGAAAAGCGUAGCAAAUGAUGUUCUUUCGGGAAAGUGUGAGGACGGAAUGUAUUAUAUCUCUAGAGCAUGGUUGCAGCAAUGGAUAAAAAGGAAAAAUCUUGAUGCUCCUACUGAAGCAGAUGCGGGGCCCACAAAUGCUAUUACGUGCAAUCAUGGAGAGCUGAUGCCAGAGCAAGCACCAGGGGCCAAAAGAAUUGUAGUUCCAGAGAAUUUCUGGUCAUUCCUUGUUGAAGAUGCUCUAAAAGUGAUGCCAGAAGAUGCUUCGGAUUGUACUUGUUUCCCUGUGGACUCCAGCCAAUGUUGUCAUUGCACAGAGGAACUUUCUGAGGUUGCAUGCCUUGAGGAUUCACUAAGAACAUUGAAGGUCAAGCAGCGCCAAAAUCACGAGAAGUUAGCCACGGGAAAGAAUAUACCAUUUACGCCACAAAGCCGAUAUUUCUUGUUGCCUUCUCCGUGGCUAGUGCAAUGGAGAAUCUAUAUUAACAUGACUGGAAAAAAUAGUUCUUCAGCACCAGAGCCUGAACGUCUUGAUGGAGUCAUUAAUACUCUCAAAUGCAAAAAGCACACACGACUCCUUGAAAGGCUCCCUGAACUUGUCUGCAGACGUGGCUCGUAUUUUCAGAAAAAUCCAUCUACAGACAAGCUGACAAUCAUCCCUGAGAUUGAUUGGAAAUAUUUCUGUGAGGAGUGGGGAGGACUCAUGGAGAAUGGAAUAUCUGCUCUUAUUGAGGUUGGUAACAAUACAGACCAAAGUUCAUCCCCAGACAUCAUUGACCUUGAGAAGCAUUCUUCUCCGGAUGAUAAUAUGGAGGUUGAUGCUCAACAGCUUAUUCUCAGGGCAUCCCCAGAGGUAUUUGCAUUAUUAUCUUGAGCCCUUAUUUUUGGUCAACAUCUUGAGCUUUGGGGUUUGGAGAUGAUGAUGAUGAAGAAGUUUAGGAUAAGUAUGUUUUGGUGUGGCCAUUCAUAUAUGGGCCCUUUUGGGCCUUUAGCUCGAUUUUUUUGGAGUGAUCCAUUGUUGUUUUUAUCAUGUAAUUUGGUAGAAAAACGAAACGAAAUGAUCUCAUAAUAUUUUUUUUCCAAAUUUUUUUGAACUUUCGGAGCAACUUGGUAAACGCAGCAUAUUUGCUGCAUAGAAGAAGCAAGAGCUUGCCGAUUACAACAUU